GACUAAAGCGACAUUUGUCAGAGAAAAACCGUUUUACCGUUUUGCAGCCCGGCGGAGCACGUCGCAGGUUCGCAGUGAAGCGUUAAUUUUUUUUUCUGUGCGACUACUCGUUCCAAAUAAAACGAAGCGAAAAAGCAACUGAAAGCGAAACUUAAAAAUCAAAUCAGCCCAGGAUCGGGCGAAACCAGUGCGAACAAUGUGCAGAAAGUGGGUAACGCGAGCGGCGUGCUCGAUGGUGACGGAGAGCGGAUAGUGUGGAUGGUGUGGAACGAUUGCGAACGGACGCAGACCGAAACAAAAGUGAAAACGUGCAAAAAAACAACAAAAUAUUAAAAAAAAAAAAGCGAAUAGCGAAUACAAAGCUACAAAAUGUGCGACGCUGCGGCGGCAACAGCAGUAGCAGCAGCAACAACUACAACAACGAUUGUGGAGGCAACAGUGACGCCUGGAACGGGAAUGGUCAUGGGAACGCCAGCGGGAGCGACUACCGCAGGAACGGGGACAGGAACCACAUCCCCUGAAGCGGCUGGGGGCGGCGCUACACCAACAACAAAAAGUGAACGGUCGGCGCGACAAAACUGCUGUCGCUUAUGCAUUGCCCCACAAACCGAAUGCAUCUCGAUCAUCAAUAGCUAUGCGGCGGACAAGGAGCCGCUGUCCACCAAGAUCCACAACUGCGUCAGCAUCAAGAUUACACCGCAGGAUCGGCUGUCACUGCAAAUUUGCCAUGCCUGCAUCAGUUACCUGAACUCAUGGCAGAGCUUUAAGAACCGCUGUUUCAGUUCGCAAGCAAAGCAACGUCAGUGGCUGGACGUCAACAAGAGCAAGCUCCUGAACUACCUGGACCUGAACACUGCGGAGAAUGGAGGAGGAGGCUCCUUCGAUCAGCAACAACACCAUCAUCAAUUGGAGAAUGAGCUCGAAGCGGAGAAGGCGACGCCAACGGCCGCAUCGACGGCCGCUAACAUAUUGGAUGGCAUACACUCGCUGAAGAAGCGCAAAUCUCUAACAGUCUAUGUGAGUCCUAAACCGCAACAGCUGCCACAGCAUCAAUUGCAGCAGCUGCAGCUGCAACCACCGGCCAGAAUGACGGCGACGACCAGCAACGCGCAGCAAUCGCUGCAGACCCUUCUUUUACAGGUGCCACCAUCGGUGGCGGCGGCCAGCUGCUCCUCCACAUCUACAUCCACCACAUCGGUAUCCCUGCAGCGGGAACAGCAGCAUCAGCAUCGCCAGCAAUCUCACCAAUAUCGCAGAUACCAUCAUCACCAACAACAUCAGCAGCGAGGCAAGCAAACGCUGCCACAUCAUCAACAGCAGCAGCAACAGCAUAGACGCCAGCGGCAAUUCCGUCCACAGCGUCCAGCUCCGGUGGCCAAUCCAGCUCCAUCGCUGCGAAAAUUCAAACCGAAGCUGUAUUUGCCAUUGGAUAUAGCAGUUCCACCACUGCCACCGCUGCCACCUUUACCAACAGUGGCCCCAGGAUCCAUUGCUCCGCCUGCUGCUGCUGCUGCUCCUGAACUGUUGCCGGGGAUGUCUGGUGUGGGUGGAAUGGAGAGCUUGUCGCUGUCGCUGCCGCUUGAUUUCAGCCAAAGCUGCAGCAGCAGCGGUCACGUCCAACAACAGCAGGCUAGUGGUUUGGCCACGACAACGUCCACGUCUAAUCCGCCGGGAAACGUCGUUUCCGCCACGGCCUCUGUCUCAGCAUCUGCAUCAGCAACUGCUUCCGCAUCCGUGUCCACGGCUCCGCUGCUUAUGCCGCCACUGCCUGCUAUACCCAUCAAAGAUGAGCCCAUUGACACGGAUGACGACUACCAGAUGAAGUCAAUAGACGAGUCCGAUGACAUGGUUGAUCCCACAAUGUUCCUAGAGCGCUCCGAGCACGAGGGCGAUGUGCCGCUGACGGCUUCGGACUAUGACUACACUGCGCAGCAUGGCGUGAAUGCCUCGUCUGCGGCUGCCUCGCUGCCGGCAAAUGCGGUGGCCAACGUGGCUGCCGCCGGGGACUCGAAGGUGGCAAGCUGCCGGGCCUGCAGUCUGCAGUUCUCUACCCGGGCAAACGCCCGUCGUCACGAGCGGAAUCUACACCCGAAUCUUUUCCAGCUGUCCACAGACUCGCCCCAUAAUACCCCCAUUACGAAGCCAACGCCCGCCCUGGCUGCUGCCUUGGAAAUUCAACGGGCAGCGGCAGCAGCGGCAACCGCGGAGGCAAAUCGAGCGGCUGGUGCUGCUGGCGGGAAUAUCUCCACGCAAAAGUAUCGUCAGGUGGUGAUGAACGCGUUCAUUAAGUGCGAGGGCGGUGGCUAUGACUAUGAUAAUCCCGAACAGUACCGACCACUGCUCACUCGCGACAAGGUGGAGUUCAUUGAGCAGAACGACGAGUUCCUGGAGCAAUACCAGACGAUGACCUGCCGCUGCUGCAGCAAGUACUUUAGCACGUACAAAAACUUCAUGGCGCACGUGCGCAAGAAGUAUCCGCUGCUGCCGCGCAAUCUAUGCUUCAAUUGCCUCAAGAUGAACGACUCCAAGGCGCUGUUCAUCUCGCAUCUGAAAAAGCGGAAUUGCAUAAAUCUCUUUAGGGUUUUGAAUGCGCUGCGUGGCAAGACAACGACAGUGGUUGUAUCCAGUUCAGAGGACGUUGCUGACGAUGGAGCAACAGGAGUCGUUUCCGUGGCCGAUGCCGGAGCAGGAGUGGUUGCCAUGACCAGUCCCACAGUGACUGCCAGUGGAGAAGUCGUCACAACCGGCAGUGGCUCCGAAAGACCAGAGAAACUGCGCGCCAAGGAACUGCUGGUUAACAAGCUAUACGAAUGCAAGCUCUGUCCCAAAGGAUUCCGCACCAAACACGAAUUCCGAACGCAUGUGUACGACAAGCACGCAGAUGUCCAACGGAAAGACAACAACUCAAUACAGUGCAGCUUCUGUGGACUGGACUUUGCUGAUCCGGUAGAUAGGCGCCGGCACUACAACAACAUGGACUGCAUUGUCCGACUACGCUGCAUGACGUGCGAUGCUAAGCUGGAGACACACCAGCGUUUCCUUGAACACGUCUACCAGGAUCACUUGGGCGGUGUGGGUGGCGGGGCAAGUAGCGAUAAUGCCUCUACCACGGGCAGCGGCAUGGCAAGGAGCAAUAGCAUGGAACAUUCACCGGGCAAGAGAAGUCUGCUUGGUGCCUUGGGCAUUGGUGUUGGUUCCUCAGCAGAAGAGUCACGAAGCAGCAGUGUGGCUCCACCAAUGACCUCCACACCAAAGCUGGCUGGAGGAAGUCAGGUGGGUGGUGGCUCUACAAGCGCUUCAGCUCAGAGCUCAGCAAAUAGAGAUGCGGCUGCACCCAAGUCCCAGUACUUCUCCCGGAUGCCGCAGGUAUGCCCCAUUUGUGGUCAGCAAUACAACAACUACAACAAUGUUCUGCGCCACAUGGAAUCGAAGCAUCCCAAUAAAUUACCAGAGACAUACAAGUGCGUGCGAUGCGGACUGGGCUAUCCCCGGAUUUCCUACCUACGGGAGCAUAUGAUCAAUGUGCAUGGCGUGGAUAAGAACAGACACUCUGGUGGUUUCGAGUACAUCGUGAAUGCAGAUGCCGUGAAGUUGGCGGACGGUAGCACGCCGAACGUAUAUACGGGUCGCUACGACUACGUGAUGAAGGACCUGAUGUCGAUAACAAAUGGUGGGACACUCGAUGACGAAGAUGAAGAGCCGGGCAGCGUGGCCAAGAAAAUUCGGCUGGAUGACAGCAGUAACAACAGCAGUCUGGUGGGCGUAGCCAGCCAGCAAAAGGAGUGCCCAAUCUGCAAUGCGGUAUUCAGUAACAACAUCGGCCUGUCCAAUCAUAUGCGCUCCCACUACACGGCCUCGAAUUCAGUGAAUGCAGCUCUGGCGGCUGCCAAUCGGAUGACGCCCAAAUCACUGACGAUAACCGCAACACCAGCUGUGGAUUCAGAGGUUGGGCUCGGGGCAACAUCAUCGGUUUCUGCCCCAUCAACGCCUGCCAAUGUGCCACCAGCAAUGGCAAAUCAAACGCCCCAGGAGCAGGCCGUUUUUCGGCGAAGUCUUGACCAGGCGGCCGAUCGUCGCUUCCGGCGAAUGCGCUGCCGCAUCUGCCAGCGCCGUUUUAGUUCGAAGAAAUCUUAUCGCUACCACAUGCUCACCGAUCAUCAAGUGCAGAAUGUCCAGUUCAUUAAGUGCAAACUGUGCAACGCAGAGUUUGCUUACGAGAAGGGUUUGAAGGUACAUCUGUUCAAGGUGCAUGGAAGGGCAAUUAAGGACGAGAUGAUUAUCAAGCAAUUUGAGUGCGAGGUCUGCUCAAUUGUCUACAGCUCGGAGAUGGAACUGCAACAGCACAAACGCACUGUCCACAAGCUGACUUCUGCCUCUGCAUCAGCAUCUGCUUCGGCAUCCACUUCCUCCAAAAUUGAUGAUGAAACGCUGAUGGAUGAGGUUAAGUCUGCAGGAGCUGAUCUGUCUGACCUUUCAACCCUUGCGGCUAGUGCAUCCGCUACAUCUGCUUCCAACCAGGGACUGGGUACUCCGCUGUACUGGUACCAGUGCAAGUACUGUCCCUCUAAUUUCAACACCAACAAGAAGCUAGCCAUUCACAUCAACUCGCAUGACGAGUUUGACUCAAAUGAUUAUUCCUGCAAAGAUUGCGGUAACGUCUACAGCGGCCGUAAAAGUCUAUGGGUACAUCGCUACAAAAAGCAUCCGCAAGUACCCGACCCAGUCGAGUGCUCGCUGUGCAGGAAGGUCUUCUUUGACCGCCAAAUGCAUGACAACCAUACGCCCACCUGCAACCGCAAACCAAUAACCUCGACAGGCGCCCACCAGCAGCAGGAUACACAAGCGUCCCUGAUCAGACGGACAGUUUUCCGGCACAAGACCGGCGAUGACGAUGAUGAAGAGGAGGAGGAUGAGCAACAGCAACUGGAGGAGAGGGCCAAUACCGAUGGCAAUGGGACGACAGCCGGUGUGGCUUCGGGGAGUACUGUAGCUACUACUGUUCCGUCGAUGAAGAUCCGCAUUCCAGAGGUGGCCUGCACCAUUUGUGGAGCUCGCUUCACCGAUCAGGAGCACUUUAGCAAGCACAUCCAGAAGCACGAACAGGAGCUGUACGUGGACAAUCCGCUGGCGGCGAUGUUUGACGAUGGGCCAGCGGAUGCCGGUCAGUUUCAAGUAGAGCGGCAGAACGAAAACGGGGAGUACGCGUGCGAUUUGUGCGCCAAGACGUUCCCCCAGGUGAUCGCACUCAAGGUGCAUCGCAAGUGGCAUUUCAGAGGUGAUAGCAAGCAGAACCCCAUCGACGGCGAAGCGACACAGUUGACCAACAACAAUCACACAACCAACAACAACAACAACAACUCGAUGUUGCACCUCCGCGAGCUGCAUGCGGUGGGCCUGAUGCCCAAUCAGCAGCAGCAGAGCCUCAACAAUUCGUGCAACAGCAGCAUGAACCACAACAACAGCAGCAGCAGCAACCGCAGCAAAUCAAUGAAGCGGAAACGUGAGCUGAAAUGCGAAUACUGCGCCUCCACCUUCAUCAGUAAUAACAAUCUGCGUCGCCACAUGUACGAGUUGCAUAAACACGAGGUAAGCAAUCUACCCGAGCCACCGGUGAUUGUGGUGGACGAUCACCUCACCUGCCGUCGCUGUCAGUUGAAUUUCGAGACCAAGGAGCUGUGGAUCGAGCACAAGCUAGCCGAUGCAAAGGUAGUACGACCCUUUUGCCCAUUCCAAUGGGGCUGUGAUCUGUGCGGCGAGUACCUGUCGCGCAAGGAGAAGCUGAUGAAUCACAUCAACAACCAUCUCAAGGAGGAGGUUAUUGUGCCCGUGGCUACUAAGGCGGCUAUAGAGAGAACAGCAGCAAUGGAAACAGCGACAGCAGAUGCAACUACAUCGGCUCCAACAUCAACAUUGGGUGAUGCAGUGAAAAAGGAAGAGCAAACUCUGUCCAAAGGUGAGGGAUCAGCAGCAGCAACAACAUCAGACAAGUUGGCGAGCCCCGAGGAAGAAGAUAGCGAUGAUCUGGACGAGGAUGAUAGCUCGGGCGAAGAUGAGGAAAGUUCAGGCACGGGAGAUGAUGAUGAUGACGACAGCGACGAUGAGGAUGGCGAAGGUGAAGAUGAAGAUGAGGAGGGAGAUGGUGGUGAAGGCGAAGACGAAGAAGGCGUGCAGCCCCCGGCUCAACUUUUGCCACAGAAACAACACAAAGCGGAUCUUACCCAGGACGACGAUGAUCUUGUCGAGGAAGUCAUUAGUUCAGAUGACGACGAAGAAGAUGAUGGCGAGGUGGAAAGUGACGAUGACGAUGAUGAUGAAGAUGACGAUGAUGAGGAUGAUGUAGAGGACCCGGAGCCAGUACAAUUGCCGGUGCGACCGCUAAUGAAUGGCAAAUCCAAGAUGCCACCACUGAUAGUGGCCAGCUCCGAUGAUGAAGACGAUGGUGUAAUGCCCAUAGAGGACAUUAUCGAAGAGGAGUUCGAUGAGGAUGCCGAUCCAGAUCCUGAUCCAGAGGAUGUUAUCGAGGAGGUUGAUGACGAUGAUUUAGAUGAGGGGGAUGCGGAAGACGAGGCGAAUAUGGUGUCGACGGCCUCCUCUUCGGAGAGCGAGUCCACCACAACGACCACGUCCAAUUCACAUUCGCAUUCCACGGGUGAGCGGCGUAAGAAAGCCGAUGAUCAGUUGAAUGAUCCCGGCUUUACCUGUGAUCUAUGUCAACUUUGUUUCGAUUCUCAGGAGCUUCUCCAGAGCCACAUCAAAAGCCAUAUUCUCAAUGGGCCAAAGCUCUCAACAGCGGCAGCCGUAACACACCCAGCAGCAGCAGCAGCAAGCGGCACGACAGCAACAUUAGCAACGGCAGCAAAGAUGAAACCUGACUCCAAGUCAGCGGUGCUGGCCAACAAUAACAACAAUAAGAGUAAGACUGUUGCCGCCACGGCGACAGCUGCAACAGCUGCGACAAAUUGAGUAAUCAAACUAUCAACAACUCAUCAUCUUAAUUCAAACUCACUUGAAAUGUACAAAGCCAAUCCACUCAAACACCGCCAUCAUCUCAUUAUAAUCAUUUAAACAAUGAAAAAACGUUAAAACAUCAGCAAACCACCACAUGAACAUCAGCAACGCAUUCCAUCUACAAAUCAGCCAAGUUAAUGUAUAGCACGAGAUGCGUGUGUGUGCGUGUGUGUUUAUAGUAUAAACCAUUUUUUCUUGCUUCUAGUCUUAAGAACUUAUCUAACAUAUAUGUACAUCAUAUAUAUAUAUAUAUAUCUAUAUAUCUAUAUAUGUAUACAUAUAUAUAUAUCUAAGAUUUUUUUUUAAAUGUUAACCUAGUUUGUACCGCGCACACACUCACACACAAAGCAAAAAUAGAGGAUUUAUAGGCAUCCUUUUAUGGCUAAGUUUCGCUAUAAAAACUAUAUAUAUACAUAUAUAUAUAUAUAUAUAUUGAUAUGGUAGGCAUAAGCAUAUAGUGAAGUACGUCUUAAUAUGUUACACAUCAAUUAUCAAGCAAAAGUUUACGACGCACCAAAGCAAGCGACAGAAAACGCAAAGGAAACCGCUCAGUUAGAGUUAGUAAAACAUCAGGAUUUUCUAAGUAUUUCACACAACACCACCAUGACACUCUCAAAUACACAACACACAAAGCGAUAGUUGUUUAGACUUUCUAUUUCUUUUUUUUUUCGUAUUUAAACCUUGGUCUACCCAAAAUUCGAGAAUCAGUUUAAGACUUUCUUAUUUCCUAAGCAGAAAAGUUAGGAAAACUAGAACACAACCAUUUUAUUUUUUUUGUGACUAAAAAUUUAUGAAUCAUAUUUUAAGCAUACGUAUCUUAUAGAGUCCUUAUCUUUUGAAAUAUUACUAUUCUUACAUUUUACCCAUAACAAUGAACAUUAUAUUAGAUUUCAUUUUUGGCAGUACUUUAAAAGGUCGGCUAUAGUUUUUUUUCUUGAGUAGCUUUUUGCUAGUUUUGAUAUGUGGUUAUUCUUAAUAGUAGGUAAUCACACACCACCUUUAAAGCUUGAGAUUAAGAGAUUCAUAGCCCAAUUUCUUACCAAAACGGCAAAUUUAAAAAUCAAUGCCCACGAAUACUCACUUUUGAAUAACUUAAAUUUGUUUUCAACUUAAUCAUUGAGCAAGUUUUAUUUUACAACGCUUAUUUGAACAGACGAAAAGUUCAUGGUUAUUUUUUUAUUUUUUUUUUAAUGCAUACUAAAACUUUCUUUCCAUUUGAGAACAACUUGCUGGGCAAGACCAAGGCCAAUAGUGGAUCCUUUCUUAGAAACGUACGCUCACUAGCAUAUACUUGCGUACAUCCGAAAAUCUUUAAACACAAACAUUUUUUUAAAUAUAAUCAUCCAAAAUGGUUGUCAACUACGUAACUACGUAAUUCUUUCUUAAGAUUUGGUUUUGUAUUUUAUUUUAAUUUUAAACCUUACGCUACGAUUUUGAUUCCUUAUGGUCUUUUUUUUCCAAAAGCUCCCACAAGUGCAAAAUAGGUUUAAUAUCAAAUGUCUGGUGAUGUGUUUACAGCAAAAGUUUAACGUUCUAUCAAGUAGCCAAAGCCUUAUAUUCUGAAUGGUGAGCAUAGCUUUCCAUUCCUGCUAGAUAUAAUAUUUAUCUCAACAAGCACUUUGGUGCAAAUUGCUAGGAAAUGAAUAUUGUUUCGAGCAGGAUUAUGAGCCAUUGCUCGCGACACAGCGUACAAGGCCCUGGCUACCAGAUAAUGUUAAAUAUUUGCUGCAAGGACCCCUCCAGAAGAAUGCUCAAGAAACCUAUUGACUAUUUGUGGGGUCUUUUGAAAAGAAAUGACCGUAAGCACUCAAGAUCGUAGGGCAAUGUUAAAAAUUGGAAAUAAAAUGUAAGACCAUUGAAUAUUUUUACGACACCAGACAAAAUACGCGAUUGAAAACCAUAAAUGAUAUUUACGUCUAAAAACUGAAAUGUUUUUUGUGGGUGUACGCGUAUAGAUAUGCAAGUGAUUGUAUUUAUAAAGAUUGAAAUUCAUUCAUAUAGCUUAUAUAACGAUUUAACCAUAAUCUGUACAUUACUUAUAUUUCACAAUCUUACAACCACACGCAUGCGCACACAACUUCGACGUAUAUAGAUACAACUGAUAACGGCGGCAUUAUAUGUAAAACUAUCUUAAGCAACUUCUAAAAUGUAACUGGAAAUGUAGUCUAAAACGUACAAAAUAAAUUAAAACAAAUGCAGAA